AUGCUAUUGCAUACCCUGGCACAGCAGUUUCACUCCAGUCAUUUCAUCAUGAGCUGCAGAGGAAAACCACGCACGGCAGAGAAUCAUGAUACAAACUUGAAAGAAGUGACUUCGACAUCUCCAGGGAGAUUAAGACACACUGCCUUUGAAGAAACCACAAAAAAACCUAAGAAGCAAGGCCAGCAAACGCAAAAAAAAUCUGAAGAGAAGUCAGAUGGGCCAAAAACUAGACAAGGAAGGACCACGCAAGACCAGCAAACGCAAAAAAAAUCUGAAGAGAAGCCAGAUGGGCCAAAAACUAGACAAGGAAGGACCACUAACCCUUUUACAGAGAAGCGACUGGAUAUACCUGCUAACGGCACAAAAGCAAAAACAUGUUCUACUAGGAAAACAUCUAUGGAAACUACCACAGGGGAUGAUACAAACACAAAGCAGAAGCCAAAGCCAGAGACACACAAGGAUAUCUCAAAAACGUCCCCAAAAACCACCACUAAAGUCAAAACUCCUAAGGCAACAUUACUAGUACAAUUUUUCGAAGACCCAACAAACGCAGAACUGCAUCAAGCGGCAGAGAUAAAGACACACACGUUGGCUGCUGCAAAGCCAACCAAAGCCAAGACACGUGCUAACAAUGCUACACGAGGGAGAACUGAAGCACAACCAGAUGGAGCUGAGGACAGGACUGUGGACUGCAUCCUCAAGAAGACUCUGAAUAAACUGAAGAUUAAGACAAAGGAAAGAUCUGAUGCAGCUCGCGUCAUAAAUGACUUUAUAAAACAUCUAAUCAAGUAUUUGAAAGAGAAUACUAUAAGUUUCAAGGAGGUUGGGGAACCACUACGAACAGGAAGUUACUAUGAACACCUAAAAAUUUCUAAUCCUGAUGAGUUCGACAUCAUGCUGCCCAUUCUGGCUGAGCGAAUUCAGAUUGAGCCUUUCAAAAUGAAUGGAGCAUUUUACAGUGUGGCAUUAAAACGUGAAAUGAACCCGUUGAAGAAAUUCCAGCAGAACAACAUUUUAUCUGGCUUUGAAAUGCUUAAGGAGUUCAGGAAGGAAGUGAAGACAUUUGCUAAAGGCUUUUCAGAAUGGACAAUGACGAGCAAGAAAACAGGCUGUCCUGCAGUGACUCUGACCACACUAGUAGAGACAACCACCAUUUCACUAGACAUUGUUCUUUGUCUUCAAGUUAACUCACACUGGCCAACAUUCACUGAUGAUGGCCUUAAAAUUGAGCAGUGGCUUGGAGAUAAAGUAAAACAGAAAUACAAAUGGAAGCCAUAUUACCUUGUCCCAAAAUAUGAAGGCAAGGGAACUGAAGAAAAUGAAGGAGUCCUUGCCAAAGAUGUUUGGCGGAUUUCCUUCUCUCAUGUCGAGAAGGACAUCAUGAACAAUCAUGGAUCGAAGAAGACGUGCUGCGAAAAAAGUGGCACGAGCUGCUGCAGGAAAGACUGUUUAAAGCUGCUCAAAUACCUUCUGCAUCUACGUAAAGAAAAAGAUUCUUCCAUGAGCAAAUUCUGCUCCUAUCACGCCAAGACCACGCUCCUCCACGCCUGCUGCUCCAAAUCUAAAGACAGUGACUGGAAGGUCUCAAAUCUGAGAGGCUGCUUUGAGCAUCUCCUGCAGGAAUUUGAAGGGCACCUGAAAAAUGUUGAACUCUACAACUUUUUUAUUCCUAGUCAGAACCUGCUCUCUGAUAUUAGACAGAACCGGUGUAUAACUCUUGCAAACUGGAUUAAGGAACAACGUGAAACGGGCUUUCCUGUUUUUCAGCAAGAUCUUCAAGAUACAAAUUAG